CUCGCUCAAAGGUACGAGAGCAGGGCCGCACCCAGGAUUUGUACCCACGACUGACCUGUGAAGAGACCCAGAACCCUCAGCACCGCUCCACACUGCUGCUUUUGUUUGAGCAGGACAGGGUGACUUACUGUAAACCAUGUGAUAAGGAAAGUGCUUGAUUUGGGCAAUCAGGAAGUCGGGAAUUACAGAUCAGCAAGGAUCUGCUCAGAAAGGCAUUCAGCUGUGCUGCAGGAGAAGUAUCCAAAAUGUUUUUCAAAGUCACAACUUUAAACAUGCUUGCUUUCUUGUGCUGCGGACGCUUAACUGAUCAAAAGGCAGAAGCAACGUCUCUCCGGGAGAGGUGCGAAUGUAUCAGGACCAUUGAGUCUUUCCCUCUGAAAAAGAUGUCUAACUUCACCAUUGCUGAGAAAUCCUCCCAGUGCAAGAAUGUCCAGAUCAUACUCCAUCUGAAAAACAACAGCGAUGUUUGCCUCAACCCAGAUUCAACACAGGGACGGAGACUGCACAAAUGCUGGAAGAAAAACGGGAAAAGCACCACAAGACACAACCGGUGCCUUCGGCUGAGGGCCAGAAAAGGCCGGAAGGGAAAGAAAGAGCAGUGAAGGAGAAGGACUCUUCACAACCCAUUGGCACAGCUCCCUGAGGACAUAACGCGACAUCAAGCUCAUAUGUACCUGCUACCAUUUCAGAGAACACAUGUAUUACACUAAAUGCUUCCUCUAUUUUUGUAUCUCAUUUGUUAUAUUAAAACAAAUAAAUGCGACACGCUUAA